AGGUGCUGUCACCGAAGUCAAAACAGACAUCUAUGUGACCAGCUUUGGGCCUGUGUCAGAUGUGGAGAUGGAGUAUACAAUGGACGUUUUUUUCCGCCAGACUUGGACUGAUGAGAGGUUGAAGUUUGUGGGACCAACAGAGAUUCUGAGUCUAAAUAACUUGAUGGUCAGUAAAAUCUGGACCCCUGACACAUUUUUCAGAAAUGGAAAAAAGUCAAUUGCUCACAAUAUGACUACCCCUAACAAACUCUUCAGGAUAAUGCAGAAUGGAACAAUUCUGUACACCAUGAGGCUUACCAUCAAUGCUGACUGUCCCAUGAGGCUGGUUAACUUUCCUAUGGAUGGACAUGCUUGUCCACUCAAGUUUGGGAGUUAUGCUUAUCCCAAAAGUGAAAUCAUAUAUACAUGGAAAAAAGGACCACUUUACUCAGUAGAAGUUCCAGAAGAAUCGUCCAGCCUCCUCCAGUAUGAUCUGGUUGGACAAACAGUGUCUAGUGAGACAAUUAAAUCUAACACAGGUGAAUAUGUAAUAAUGACCGUUCAUUUCCACUUGCAACGGAAGAUGGGCUACUUCAUGAUACAGAUAUAUACUCCAUGUAUUAUGACAGUCAUUCUUUCCCAGGUGUCUUUCUGGAUUAAUAAGGAGUCAGUCCCAGCAAGAACUGUCUUUGGGAUCACCACUGUUUUGACAAUGACCACAUUAAGUAUCAGUGCCCGGCAUUCCUUGCCCAAAGUGUCGUAUGCAACAGCCAUGGAUUGGUUCAUAGCUGUGUGCUUUGCUUUUGUCUUUUCUGCUCUCAUUGAGUUUGCAGCUGUCAACUACUUCACCAAUCUUCAGUCACAGAAAGCCAAAAGGAAGGCUCAGGCAGCAGCCCUGUCCCCCGUGACAAAAUCAAAAGCCACCGAACCCUUGGAAGCUGAGAUUGUUGUGCAUUCUGAUUCCAAGUACCAUCUGAAGAAAAGAAUCACCUCUCUGACUUUGCCGAUAGUUCCAUCCCCUGAGACCAGUAAAGUCCUUACUAGAGCACCCAUCUUACAAUCAACACCCACCACACCCCCGCCACUCUCACCAGCCUUUGGAGGUCCCAGUAAAAUAGACCAGUACUCUCGGAUUCUCUUUCCAGUAGCAUUUGCAGGAUUCAAUCUUGUAUACUGGGUCGUUUAUCUUUCCAAAGACACAAUGGAAGUGAGUAGCAGUGUUCAAUAGCUUGCAGCCAGGACAACCUAUAUUCUGUAAGUUUACAUCUUCUGUAUUUAAAAACAUAUUAUUGAGACUUGUGCAGAUGCUUCUCAGAUAUGAAAUCAAAAUCGAAAAUCUGUUACUUGUAGCUUUGAGUAAGCAUGUAUUUAUCAAAAAGCAAUAAUGUUAUCCCUCAAAAUUGAAAGAGGAAGGUUGCUAAAAAAAAUGACUUUUCUGUACAGAAGAGAAAAAUCUUAUAAGAGGGUAAGAUAGAUUCAAGAUCAAUUUGCCAGCCUUUGUUCUUUAUUGUUAAAUAUUUUUAAUUGUCACUAUGAAUAACAUUUAACACGAG